AUGGACCUUCCAAGCCCGACUUUCUCCUUUAAUCUUCCCUCGGUUCAUGAUGACUGCCAGCUGGAAUGUCGACUGUAUCUCCCGCACCAGCUCCAAAAUAUAGAAUCGGCAACACAAUCAUCUGUUCACGGUGCCAUUGUCGCCCACCCCUACGCACCACUCGGUGGAUGCUAUGAUGAUCCCAUCGUGGGGUUUGUCGGUGGCGAGCUUCUACAAGCAGGGUACAUCGUGGGGACAUUCAACUUCCGCGGAGCUGGGAGUUCUGAAGGGCGGACUAGCUGGACUGGAAAGCCUGAGCUGGGCGACUAUGUAUCCUUGUAUGGAUUCAUGCUGAACUAUCUUCAAGAGUUACAUUCUACACUAGCAAGCAGACAGAAUGCCCCGCCCAGCGAAGCUAUCCACCUAGUAAUCGGUGGAUAUUCAUUCGGAUCCCUAAUCGCCUCGCAUGUCCCACCACUUGAUGUCAUGCUGGACCUAUUCUGCAACGGACCAACAACCCCGACAACACCGAUCUACGAGAUUGGGAGCGCAGCCCAAAAGAUCGCUGCGCAGUCCACACGGCAUCUACCCCCAGCCAAGCAGAACCCUGACCAAGACAACCAGGCUGACCAACCCACAUCCCGCGUGGUGACUACAAUCUCCUACCUCCUCGUGUCACCAUUGCUGCCACCUGUGAGCCAGCUUCUGACUGCUUUCUCCGCCCUAUCAGUGAGCGUGGGGGGCAAGUCGUCAGCUCAGGCCCGACCCGCCGGCCGGCCAGCCGAGCAGCUGAGCGCGCACCGGACGCUGGCGCUAUUUGGGGAUCAGGACACUUUUACAUCUGCGAGGAAAUUGCAACGGUGGUCAGCCGAGAUGGCCCGCAUGUCGCAGAGCGGAUUUACUGGCUGCGAGAUUGAGGGCGCGGGGCAUUUUUGGCGAGAGAACGGGGUGGAGACGCGGGCGAGACGGGCUUUGCAAGAAUGGCUUCAAUCUCGACCUUGA